AUAAAGAUGUUCCAAUACAAGAAUCUACAGAUAAAAAGGAUAGAGAAAUCUAUGGAGAUGCUGCGUGUUGUGAUUUUAGUCCAUCUUGGAUACUUUUUCACCAGGCUAAUCAAUAUACUUAUUCUCGAGUUUAUCUGGACAGAACAAAACACAAGCAUUCUUAACUCCCAUUGCAAUGAGAUUUGCAAAAGACCCUCAGCAGGAAGCCUGAUUAUGCUAAAAAUAGGGCCCAUACUAUCAGAAGUCUCUAGAAAUCAUUUUUGGAUCGCUGCGAUGUUUGGCUACAUUUGAAUUUUACUAUUUCUGUUAUUUAAUUCAUUACCCCAAAAUGCCAUAAUUUCAAGCCUUACUUCUAAGGAUAAGGUUAUCAACAAGGAGGAAAUCUACAAGAGAAAGAGGCUUCUCAAGAUCAUCGGCUAUUGCAUGAUUUUAGGAAACACUAUUAUUAUCUCUUUUAAAGACUGGAUUGACUGUCUUACUAACUUAUCAACCAUCCGUCUCUCAGAGGUAUAUCUUUUCAACAUCAUGAUAAGUAUUUUUAUCAUUAAAGAGGCGAAUUUGUGCAUAUGUAUAAAUACAGUUGAAGUAUUGCUAAUCAAUUUAGUGAACUUUUGUAUUAUCGGCAGCUAUGAUAGCUGGAAAGUGUUGUUUAGCUCAUUCACAAGUCUCAUGAUAUCUUCUAUUCUGGUGCUUUACUGUCUCAGAGAGGAUAGAGAUAGCCAUGACACCAAAAAGGAGCUUCAAGACCAGAUGAAUAUGAUGAGAAAGAUCCUAGAAUUUUUCCCAUCAGGAAUCUUAUUCUUUAAAAAUAAAGAAUGUGCAUAUAAAUAACAAGUUUUGGGAUAAUCUUGUUGAUACCACUAUUUGACCAGGAAAUGAAGCAGAGAAUCCUUCUCAACAAAUGUCUGAGUUCGACAGAUCUUACAGUCUUUUGGGAAAAAUCAUAAAUGUUGCCAAUGAAUCUAAGUCUUUGACUGAUGAAAUUAUGGAAAUACACACAAGGAUGAAGUCACAGGUCACUAAGAAUGCUAUUAAAAAGAACGGAUUUGUUACAGUUAAAACUAAAAGGAACUCGGAUGUUUUUGAGUUUGAGCUGAACAACAAUAGUGGCAAACAAAUCUCAGAAUUUGCCAUUAAAUUCUCUAUUUAUGAAUUUUCUCCACACAAAGAUACUUUCCUAAUGAUGGUGGUCGAUGAUAUUAGCAAUCAAAUGAAAACUAAAGAAACUAAGAUCUAUGAACAACUGAAGGCUGUGAUGCUCUGUUCAAUCUCUCAUGAACUCCGCUCACCUAUUAAUCAGCUAAAUGGAACUCUAACUCUUUUAGAGGAAAGCAUUUCUUCAUCAGAAAACUAUUUGCUUAAGAUUGCUAGAAGCUCUACUGAAAUUCUCAAACUUAAGGUUGACGAUAUCUUGGAUUUCUCUGAGAUUGAAACACAGAACUUUAAGCUAAUAACCAAGGGCUUUAAUCCCAGAGAGUUAAUUUUGGAGCUGAAUAAGAUUUUUUCUCCAAUGGUGGAUUCAUCUAAGACCCACCUCUACUUCAUAAUCAAUGAGAGAACUCCUGCUAUAGUUCAGCAUGAUUUUGACAGACUCAAGCAGAUACUUGCAAAUUUUCUCAGCAAUGCUGUGAAAUACUGCAAAGCAGGAAGGAUCACUCUUAGGAUCGAUUGGGAAUCAACCAAUGAGAGAUGAGGAUUCCUCAAGUUCUCAAUUUCAGAUACUGGCAUUGGGAUUCCAAUGGAAAAGAGAAAAAAUCUGUUCAAUUUCUUAGAUCCCGAAAUCAUUAAGAACUUGUUAAAGACCCAGGGUCAGAAGACAACCAAUCUUGCAGGAACUGGAUUAGGCAUUUCAGCCAAGAUUAUCCAGCAGAUGGGGUCAAGAAUCAACUAUAUUUCAACUGAAGGAGAAGGAACAAAAUUUUGGUUCAAAGUUAUGACAGAAAGAGAGAGCGUAAAACAAGAGGAUAUUUACAGAACCUCCAGCUUUGAAAUUCCUAUUGAAGAUUUUCAGGAUGUCUAUAAUUCCUCAAAUAUUCAGGUAGAUGACCAAAAGGAAAUUGGAGCUGACUUUAAUCAGAUUUCAUAUACACCAGCUUCUGCUAUAAUUGAAACAGGAAAACUUUGUACAACUGAAGAAAUAUUGAAUUAUUUUGAAGAAAAUCAUUCAUAUGGAGUUGACUUGAAUGCUCAGACUUUUUCAUAUGAAGACUUCGCACAAUUUGAUAGAAGUGUUUAUAGUGAUGAUGACAACAAUGCCCAGGAGGGCACAGACCCUAGAAAGUUCUACAAAGAGAAGGAAAAGAGGCUGCACACUCUGAGCAUAUUUCGAGAUAAGAAGAAAACACAAGAAAGAUGGCAAAAGUUCAAUGAAAGAGCAUUUAGUUUAGACCUAUGCGAUGUUCCAGACGAAGGUAGUGUUCCUAAGAUACUUACUUACGUAUCCACCAGUUCUCGGCCAAGUAAACCACAUCAAAAGAGCGGAUCAUUGGUUAUAAAAGGCCUUCGAAAAGACACUAAAAAGUCUAGAUUUUUCCAAUGAAAUACAGUAAAUAUUCAAACAAAUAGUCUUAGUAAGCAGCAGAAGAAGAACAAUGAUCUUAGUGAGAGCAGCUUUAGUGAAGAUAUAUGCAAACCUCGUACCAGGAACUUCAUUACUGAAGAGAGUGAGAACCUUCAUCUAGAUAUAUCAAAUAAAAAGCUGUUUGAUGCAAACAACUUGGCAAAAAUUAAGAGAAAGAAAACAAGUGGAACUCAGAAUACAUUAUUGGGUAAAGUGAGGCACUUUUCUCCAGCUGGGUCAGGUCCCCACUUCUUCAGCCUCGAAGGAAUCGCUACUGAAUCUGAAGACUAUAUUUCACCCAGGUUCUGUAAAGACUGCAAGUGCCCAAGUGUGCUUAUCGUUGAUGACCAGUAUAUUAAUAGGUUUAUCAUCAAACAAUUUUGUGAGAGAUAUAAAAUAAAGUGGGUCGAAGCAGAAGAUGGCAAGGAAGCCCUUGAAAUGAUAAGGAAUCAAAACAAGAACCAUUGUUGUCAAGGAUUUGAACUGGUUCUAAUGGACCUCAACAUGCCUGUAAUGGGAGGUAUUGAAGCAGCUAUUGAGAUCAUGAAGAUGAAAGAUAAUUUUAUAAUCCCUCCUACUAUGAGACUAGUCGCUGUUACUGCUUUCUCUUCAAAAACAGAAGAAGAUAAGUGAUUGGAGGUUGGCUUUGAUAAAUUCAUCACAAAGCCCUUCAGGAUUUCACACUUUUUAAAGUUAAUUUCUGAAUAAAAUUCAA